AUGUCAUUGCACGAGAGGAUUUUAGAGGAGUCAAGGAAAAAUGAUAGGAGGAAUGCUUACGAGUUGUUGAGAGAGCUUGACCAAAUGGAUAAGUGUACGAGGGUUAUGAGCAAAAUGAUGGAUUGGUUUCAGUUUCCGUUAACAGAGGGAAAAGAAGGAGAGGUGAGGCAAAAAGUGAAGGAAUUGGCAAAUGUUUGCUUGGAUAAAGGAUUACAAGUGUAUUUUUCGAUUCACAGGUGGUUUCCAUGGGGGCAAUCGGUGUUGUCAUUGUACAAGAGGAUUUUGGAAGAGUCAAGGAAAAAAGAUAAGAGGAAUGCUUACGAGUUGUUGCGACAGCUUUACCAAAUGGAUAAAUGUACGAGGGUCAUGAGCAAAAUGAGGGAUUGGAUUCAGUUCUCGUUAAAAGAGGAAAAAGAAGGAGAGGUGAGGCAAAAAGUGAAGGAAUUGGCAAAUGCUUGGGAGGCUUGCCGUGUAGCAGGGAUGGCAAGCUGGAACUGGUCCGUGGUUAAAGUGGCAGGAUAUUGUCCAGGAGAUUGCAGGAUGGCUUGGGGUGAAGGGGCUUAUCCAGGGAAAACCUCUAGUUUCAAGUUCUCUCAAAACUCAACUAGAACAGCUGGUGGAAGAAAGGAAAUGGAGAAAGAAAUGCAGUAUUAUACCCAAGCUGUCAUACGAAUCAUCUGGCCUCCCAGUUUACAUGCUGCUGUUGAAAUAUUUGCUUCGCUGAAGGCAAAUCAUGUUGGACCUGAUGAGGUUAAGGCAGUUGGUGUCUCUUUAGAAGAUGGUAUCGAGGAAAAUGAUGUUAGGUGA